CACAAUGGCCAAGGUCACCAGGCUGAGCGAGACGGCUCGAGCAUUAGAGAGGAAGAAAGCAAAAGACUAUGAUCCUGAAGACGAUGCCUUUGACAAUUCUGACGAAGAACAAUCCGAUGGCGACAACGAACCCACUCCCAUAGGCGGUCGUGAACACUAUGAGACAGUUGGAAAAAGUACACUACGCCAGUCCGAGAAAACUGCCCUCGAUGCAGCGAAAUACGGUGGAGUUGCCAUCAGUCGCAAGGCGUUAGAAGACCAGGGCAGCGAUGGUGAUGCGAACGAGGACGAGGAUGAUCCAUUCGCUCCGGCCGACGAAGGCGAUGACGAUGAUCCUUUUGCAAAAAGAGGUGGCAGUGUGAGCGGAUCAGAAGACUCGUCAUCGGCGUCAGCCCUUGACCUAGACGAUGAGGGAGAAUUGGAUGAAAACGACGAGAUUGACAGCGACGAGGCAUUGGGUGAAAGUGAUGAAGAAAAGUUCAAGAACUUCGUCUUUCGGGGAAGCAAAAAAAAUCGAAAAGAGCCCACCAGCAGCCAAGAGGAAUCAAGGCAGGAAUCAAGCCAGGUCUCAAGCGAAGAUGAAGGCAGUGACAGUGCCAGCAUCGACAGCGAAAUGGACGGCUCCGACCUUGACAUGCUAGACGCCGAAGAUAGCGAAGACGACGAUGAGGAAUCUCUUGCUUCCUCUAAUUCUUCUUCUCCACCACCAAAAUCAACCAGACCUGCCCGCAAUUCCGAACGCGAAGAACUGCGAAAAGCAGCACUACUUUCCACAUCUUCAGCAAACUUAGCAUCAGCAUUAUCAGCCGGUGCUACCGCUGAUGCAAAGAAAGGGCAGGCCGUCAUAAAACAACAGCAGGCAUUUGAUCGGAUCCUGGACGCGAGAAUCAAGCUUCAAAAAGGCUUAACCGCUGCAAACGACCUGUCCAAAUCCACUCUUUCCGAUGAACAAGUCGCAUCUGCCGCUCGACAAGCCGAAGACGCGGCUCUGAAACUCUGGUCGACCAUCAACACCAUCCGUUAUGAACUCAUAUCAUCACGACCCUCUACAUCGAAAGAAGACGGCACCAAAUCCCUCAAACGCAAACGACCAUCCCCUAUAUCCCCAUCAACCAGCUCAUCAUCCAUCUGGCAAGAACUGUGCUCCCUCGACACACAAUCUCAUUCCUACGACCGCGCCGCCCUCGACAAAUGGCACGCGAGAACCCAACCCGCCAUCGACGCAAGCGCUCGAUCCAAGCUCCUCGGCCGCCAGUCACAACCCCAAUCCCGUCUCACCGACGUCUUGACCACCUACCUAACCACCACAUCCGCCAACCUCAUCUCAACCUCUACCGCCAAUAACGCACUCUACGACGACAGUCCAUUCUAUCAAAGUCUUCUCCGCGACCUCAUCGCAUCCAAGUCCAACUCAGACCAAUCACUCGCCAUGUCCGUCGACUCAUACCUACCGAUCAAACUGCACGCGUCUGGAUCACGCAACAAAAAAGUCGAUACGAAAGCAUCCAAAGGUCGUAAGAUUCGGUAUACCGUGCAUGAGAAAUUACAGAAUUUCAUGGCUCCAGAGGACCGGACUUCGUGGGAAGAUGGUGCGGCGACCGAGUUUUUUGCGAGUUUGUUGGGCAGGACGGCAGUUUUGGAUGAGAAUGAGGAUGAGGAUGGAGAGGAUAGUGAUGGGGAUGGAAAUGGAUUAGACCAUGGGUCAGAGGAGGUGGCUUUAAGGUUGUUCCGAAGUUGA